AUGAUGUGUAUUCGUGUUUACUUUUGGACCAACGAACACAAAGACGCGAUGUGGACUGGAAGCAUUGAAAGGGCUCUAGACCUGAAUCUUACCAUAAACCAGUAUACCAUACGUAAUACUUUUACUUUUGUCCAAAACCUUCUCAAUAUUCCUAAUGCCAAUGAAUUUGUAAUGGCAAGUUUUGAUGUAACAAAUAAAUUUACUAAUGUACCUUUGGAUGAGACUAUUAAUAUUAUUGUGAACUUAUUGUUUAGAAAUUCUAACUAUGUGUUUGGUUUAAAUCAAGAACAUUUUAGAAAAUUACUCAAUAUAGGUACAAAGGAUAUUUCACUCUUCUUUAAUGGUAAAUUGUAUAAACAGAUUGAGGGUUUUGCAAUGGGUAGCCCUGUAGGCCCUACACUAGCAAAUAUAUUUAUGUGCCACAAUGAAGAAAUUUGGCUUAACAAUUGUCCUUCAGACUCAAACCAGUGCACUACUUUAGAUAUAUUCACAAGUGAUGUUGAAAACAAUGGUUCCCUCCCUUUCUUAGAUGUUAAUAUAUCUGGGAAUGAUAAUUCUUAUGUGAUUUCUGUUUUUCGGAAACCAACAUAUACAGGCCUCACCACCAAAUUUCGCUCUUAUAUCCCUGCAAAAUACAAUGUUUAUAAUAAUUUCAAAAUUAUUGAUACAUCCACUUUUGAGUAUGAUCUCAUUAUCCUAAAAGUCUAUGGAUUUGGAAAGAUAAACCAAAUCUUAAUGGAUAUUCAUUCUCCACAGAUCUAG